UUCCGGCUUCUCGGACUCGAGGGCAAUACGGCUUCCGGUGUCAUGGCGGCUUAAAGUCCCGGGAGUCGGUGAGGCGGCUGCAGGUCCCUCCCUGCGGAGCCGCUGGUCCGGCUAGCGGGGAUGUGACCGCGGGAUCUGCCGGCCUGCCUCAGGCGUCGCGUCAGCUCCUGUGUCCGUGCCCUCAGCCCACACCGAUGGCGGGAUCCGGCUGUGCCUGGGGCGCGGAGCCGCCGCGUUUUCUGGAAGCCUUUGGGCGGCUGUGGCAGGUACAGAGCCGUCUGGGUAGCGGCUCCUCCGCUUCGGUGUAUCGGGUGCGCUGCUGCGGCAACCCUGGCUCGCCCCCAGGCGCCCUCAAGCAGUUCCUGCCGCCAGGAACCACCGGGGCUGCGGCCUCGGCCGCAGAGUAUGGUUUCCGCAAAGAGAGGGCGGCGUUGGAGCAGUUGCAGGGUCACAGGAACAUCGUGACUUUGUAUGGAGUGUUUACAAUCCACUUUUCUCCAAAUGUGCCGUCACGCUGUCUGUUGCUUGAACUCCUGGAUGUCAGUGUUUCGGAAUUGCUCUUACAUUCCAGUCACCAGGGUUGCUCCCUGUGGGUGAUACAGCACUGUGCCCGAGAUGUUUUGGAGGCCCUUGCUUUUCUUCAUCAUGAGGGCUAUGUCCAUGCGGACCUCAAACCACGCAACAUAUUGUGGAGUGCAGAGAAUGAAUGUUUUAAACUCAUUGACUUUGGACUUAGCUUCAAAGAAGGCAAUCAGGAUGUGAAGUAUAUUCAGACAGACGGGUAUCGGGCUCCAGAAGCAGAACUACAAAAUUGCUUGGCCCAGGCUGGCCUGCAGAGCGAUACAGAAUGUACCUCAGCUGUUGAUCUGUGGAGCCUAGGAAUCAUUUUACUGGAAAUGUUCUCAGGAAUGAAACUGAAACAUACAGUCAGAUCUCAGGAAUGGAAGGCAAACAGUUCUGCUAUUAUUGAUCACAUAUUUGCCAGUAAAGCAGUGGUGAAUGCCGCAAUUCCAGCCUAUCACCUAAGAGACCUUAUCAAAAGCAUGCUUCAUGAUGAUCCAAGCAGAAGAAUUCCUGCUGAAAUGGCAUUGUGUAGCCCAUUCUUUAGCAUUCCUUUUGCCCCUCAUAUUGAAGAUCUGGUCAUGCUUCCCACUCCAGUGCUAAGAUUGCUGAAUGUGCUGGAUGAUGAUUAUCUUGAGAAUGAAGAGGAAUAUGAAGAUGUUGUAGAAGAUGUAAAAGAGGAGUGUCAAAAAUAUGGACCAGUGGUAUCUCUGCUUGUUCCAAAGGAAAAUCCUGGCAGAGGACAAGUCUUUGUCGAGUAUGCAAAUGCUGGUGAUUCCAAAGCUGCUCAGAAAUUACUAACUGGAAGGAUGUUUGAUGGGAAGUUUGUUGUGGCUACAUUCUACCCGCUGAGUGCCUACAAGAGGGGAUAUCUGUAUCAAACCUUGCUUUAAUCAGUAACCUAAGAACUAUUUCCUUUUUCUCCUCUUCCAUUUCUUGGGUUAUUGUAUUCCACACCUGAAUGCAAGAGCACCCCCUUACCAUUUUAAGAAGGUACUCUGUACAUUUAUUUAAUCCUACUAACGUGCAGCCAUUGCCCAAGCAGUGACUGCAUUGCAUACAUUUGGCACUGAGUAGGACAAGACCUCUCAGCUAUACAUUGAGGGGUUUUAGAGCAUCCAUGUGGGCAACCUAUUCUUGUGCAGGAGAGCAGGUGCUGCUCUUCUGUUUGUAACCUAAAAACAUAUUAAUUAUUUUGUGUGAUCAUGAAGCAAGAAUGCAUACUAUCAUGUCUUGGUAAAUACUAACAAAUUUGUUAGGUUUGGUGACAUCAUUUACAGAUUAUAUCUUUAUGUUGUCCAGUGGUUCUUCCUUAUUGUUGAUAUCCAUAAGCUGGCACUGGAUGCUCUCAGUAAUGUUAAGUAAUUGUCAAGCAGCAGUUACCUACUGUGUUCUUAACACUGAGUUGUGAAUUUUUUCUUAAAGGAGUACUGUAGUACUGAAUAUUCCUUUAAAGGAACUGCGGUGAGCCUAUCUAAGAUUUUUUAAAUUAAGGCUUUUCAAAUAGAAAGCUGAUGCUUGAUCUUGCACAAUUUUUAUGUCUAGUAUGUAUGCUUGAGUGAGUGCGCAGGUAUGAACGAUUAGAGAAAAUUUGAGUCACUGUACUUUAUAGUGUGAAUCCUGUGAGCUAAUACAGUCUAAACUCAUUUCUUCCCUACCUGUUUCACAUCGAUAAGAUUUAGGACGUGCAUUUUUUGAGAGGUGGUCUGUCUGAUCCAAUGUAAAUGACAAAACAGAUAAUUCCCGAGAGGCUCAGAACAAACUGGAGUCUAGCCUGGAGUUACAUUGAGACUUCUAAAAUGAUUAGAACAAAGACUGAGUUUUGCCACAUGUAAAUCAACGCCUUUCAGUCUAAUUUAGAUUCCGUAUUAGCUCAUCUUUUUUGUACUAAAUCUGUAGUUUUAAGAUUUCUCAAGAUGUGGCUCUACCUACUAUGAUGGAAAAUUGAAGUGGGUCAAAAGAAUUAGAUAUACAAUAAAGGGAAAAGAAAAACAUGGGUGAAGAGAGGAUAGAAAAUAAAGAAUUCUUUUUUCUUCCUUUCUGUUUCUCCUAUCCCUGCUCCCUUUUUCCUCCCCUUCUCUCAUUCUUUGCCUCUAUCCUUACCUGAAGAUAGAGGAACAGCAUCCCAGAUAGUUUGGCUUUUGACUGCAAGGAAGUUAAGAAAGGUGUAGAUAUAAUGAGAUAGAAGUAGAAAGGAAGAAAAACCCAAAGACUUCUUAAGGAAUUCUUAAAAGGAUUCGUAGCAACCUGAUGUGUCCCUUAGUAGAGAGUGCUGGUAUGUGUGAGUUCAUGGACACAAGUUGAUGACAUGGCUUUUAGAAUUAUAAUUAUGGAUUCCUCUUACAUCCUGGUAGGUUGUCUUUAAAGAUAUAAAAAUUAGGACACCUUUAUGAAGCACUGAUUAUACCAAAAAAAAAAAAAAAAGACAAAUUGUAUACAGGUGACAAAUUUUUUUAUUUAUUUAUUUUUUUCCUAAGGAAAAAAGUCUUUUAUAUCUUUCCCUGCUGGAAGCCUCCUCAUAGUUCCUUGUUUGCCAUGCAGGUUGCUGAGAGUCCAAUUAGAAUUUGCAUUUUAGAGAAUGAAAUAUUUUACCCCAUUCAAACAAUUAGUGUUGGACAUUUUAGUUAUUUACAGUUGUCAAAUUCAGGACUCUCAUUUAAUGUUUAUUAUGAAACCAAAUUUGGCAUAAGGAGGCUGAUUUGUGAAUUACCAAAGGGUCUUGCGGCAUGUUCCCCAAUAUGUGCCCUUAGCAGGAAGAACUGUUAUUUUUUGUUUUGGCCCUUUCAGAGGUUGAUUAAAUGGAUUUGUUUUCAAGUCAGAAUUCAAAUGAGCAGAACCAGUAUCGUGAAGACCUAAACUUUUCUAAAUGUUCAUAUGGGUAGCAGAUUUUGUGGUGAUUAGAAACAUCUCUUCCUUAAGGGCAAGUAUCCUGAAUUAGCACGUGUACUUUUCUCUCCCCUCCUCCCCCAAAAGAAAAUUCCUUACACAUAAACUGCAGGUAGGCUUCUAAGCUUAGUCCUGCAGCAUGCUGCUAACAUCCUGAUGCCGAUCUUCACAGCAUUCUUUGAUUGUCAUCUUAUUGCUGAUACAUUCAUACAUAUAUUUAGUGCUUGACACUGUAGAAUUUUAUUACAGAAGAUUUUAACUAGAUUUUAAGGGAGCUGAGGGAAUUGAUCAGCCUCGAAUUAACCAUGCGUUUAAUUAAAUGUUUUAUAUUAAAGCCAGAGAAUUGAAAAAAAAAAAUGCCUCCUGUGAUUUAAAUUAUUUUAUAGCUCUUAGCCCAUUCUACCAAAGAUGAUAUUAGCAGAUAACCCCUCCCUCUUCUAAUAUUAUCAGAAGUUUAAUAUCUUUCUUAAACCUGAACCAAAUAUUAUCAAAAGAUACAAGUUUCAUGAUUAGGAUGAAAUACAUACAUAGGGAUUUUGAUUUCUUGAAAUUACUGAAAAAACAAGAAAUUUUCUUUUUGAGAGGAAGGGUAAUGAGGUGAGGGUUCAUGUCUCUUAACCCCUACCCUUUGGGUCUAAUUUUAUCUCAGGUAGUUUUUCAUUCCCUAGAUUAAUACCUGUACUUCCUUGCCUCUUGCCUUCCCAGUUACUUCUUCAGAGUAUUAUUGUGGCACAUUUUACACCCAGAAAAGGCACAUGCAGUGAUUAUUCUGUAGGAAAUACUUGAUUCUUUUGAAAUAUAUUUGGAGGGGGUAGCUAGCUAGCCACUGUGAAAACUAAUGCUGUAUUUACAGGACAAAAACAAGUAAAGUUGGACAUCUCAGUAAGAGACAGCAUUAACUAAAAGUAUUGACUGCCUUUUAAAGGAAUUUUUAAAACUAUCCUCUUGCAAUAAGAGAUGGCAUUUAUUACCACUAGAUGUCUUCCUUUUUUGUGGCCACCAAUAUAGCAGCUCUCUUUAGAGGGGUUCCCUUUCUGCUAUGCCUUGAGCCAAACUGGCUGCUUUUAGAACAAAAAUCAUAAGUAUAGUUUUACUCAAACUUCUCUUUGUUUUCAUUGAGAGAAAUAUUGCCUUCUUUUUGGUACUCCAGCUGCUAAAGAGUGCUGAGAUAUGUUAAAUUAUUCUUUAAAAGAAAAUCUCUGAAUACUUAUUUAACUUGUCUUCUAGAUUUGUGUUGCUUAUAUUUUUUAACUAUUGAGCAAAUUUAUUAUAAGGUUUGCUGCCACAUAGAGAAAGCUGAAGGGAAACCAUGAGCAGAAGGCUUUUUUCUGUCUUAUUACACUGGACCUUCACUCUGGUAAGGGCAUCAGUUACUUUUCUAGAACAAAAGGCAGAGUUGGAGCACUUAUCAAAUGCUGUUCCAUGGCUUACUUUAGUUAAUUCACCAUGCAGAUAAUUAACAUUUUGGUAUCUUUCUCUUUUAGGUCUUGUUUUCUAUUAGGCCUAUCUUACACAUAAUUACUACUAUCAGUUAUCCUUGGCGGUAUGACUUUCUCUUUUUCUUUUUUACAAUUAAUUUAAUGAAAAUCAGCACCAUUGUAAAUGAUAGUAAUUGUACCAACAUAGUUACUGGGUGAAGGAGUAGGGGAGACACUCAGUAACUAUUUAUUUACCGAGACGCUUAUGCAAGGGUACAUGCUAGGUGGCUUUAUUCAGAUUGGGGUACAGAUGGAAUCACAUCAUGACUUUGAGUCUGGUGGAUGUGUAGAUAGAGAUGUAAGCAAGUGCCUUGUGUUUCCUGGAAAAUACUAAAACUCAUUUGGGUGAAAGCUUCCCAGAUGAUGAUAAUUAAUAGCACUUCUGCCUUUUUCCUGGAGUAACUUUUAGAUUGAGUAAUAUAAUAUAAAAGUCCAAAAUUUUCUUGGUUUACCUUUUGUUUUAUUUUUCACAUCUAUCUAUAUAUAAUUAUUAUUUUUUCACUAUCUGCCUGAAAAUAGCCUUGGUUUACCUUAUUUUUUUAUAUGUGUAAAACUACUCAUAUUUGAUUUUAUUCCAAUAUUACAUAUGAUGGAAAAGCCAGAAUUGGCUGGCAGAAUUUAAUUCUUCCUUGGAUCUGUAGUUCUGCUUUUUUGUUUUUUUUGAGACAGAGUCUCGCACUGUUGCCUGGGCUAGACUGUGCAGCAGUGUGAUCUCAGAUCAUUGCAACUUCCGCCUCCUCUGUUCAAGCAAUUCUCCUGCCUCUGCCUCCUGAGUAGCUGGGAUUACAGGUGUGUGCCACCACACCCAGCUAAUUUUUUUUUUUUUUUUGUAUUUUUAUUAGAGAUGGGGUUUCACUAUGUUGGCCAGGCUGGUCUCGAACUCCUAACCUCAUGAUCUGCCCGCCUUGGCCUCCCAAAGUGCUGGAAUUACAGGCGUGAGCCACCGUGCCCAGCCUAGUUCUAUUUUUAAUAUCAAGUUCCUUCAUCAAAUUCUAUUACUGUAGCUCUCUGAUAUAAUUGUAUUUCUUGUCAAUUAUGGUCACAUAUAGACAAGUCGUUGGUCACAGUUUGCUCAAAAGAAUUCCCAUUUCUUAAGGUGCUCAGUAAAUCACUUUUAUUUUGAGAUGGUAGUUUUUCAAGUUAGCAUUACUUACUAGCUUUCUCAAUGAACAUAAAAAUGUUGUCUCCAUCAUAUGGAGCUGAGCCUCUUGUGGUAUAUUUAGAUAAGUCCCAUUCUCAAUCACAGAAGAACAUGUAUAUUUUAGUUUGUGGAUUACCCAGAAUUUUGAAGAUUUUGUUUCAUUUUGUUUUAGGAUAGCUUCUCUGCCUGAUACUAUAGGAUAUAUCAUGUUUGCUAUUGUAGCUGCCUCCUUUAGGUGUUCUUCACUUUUUUUUUAAAUUAUAUAAUGACCAGAAGAUUCACAGUGGCAUGUACUUGACAAGUGCCAUGGAUAUUUAAGAAGGUGGUAAAUAGUUUUAAUAUUUUUGCUGUAAUUUUAUAGGAGAAAUGGGCUUAAGAGAAAUAUCUAUAAAUCAGAGCGUAUUUAGGAAAUUUUAUAUUUUAUAGGUGGUCAUUAAAGUGACCUGCAGGAUAUAAGAUUUACACAAACUUUAUUCUCCUGAUAGGAAAUUUUUAUUCAUUUUCUUACACUCAGCACUUUCGUUCUGCCUUGUACUGCUUAUGUGGAUUAAUGUUUUAAAUUUGCUUUAUUUGCGCUUUUCAGCGUUGUCAUAAUUAUGGCAGUUGUGUUUGUGGCACUGUAAAUCCUGGAAUUCAUGGGAAACCUAUCAAAUGACUGCUCUGGUGUUAUUUCCCAUUACAUUUGGGUAGCUGUCACAAUAACCAGAAGAAAGCUGGCGGCUCUUUUGAAGAAGGCCAUGUAUGUUUUGUUAUCUAGGUUCAUAGUAUUUUAAUUUAAAGGCAAAGAGAAGCAUUCUGUCUUAAUUGUCUUAUAUAACCAUUAAUCUUUUUUUGUGCAGAAGAGAGCUUAUUUUGUUAUACUGCUAUGUAUAAUGGAAAUAAGUCACAUUCUGGGGGAAAAAACUGGAAUUGUUCAUAUUUUGUUUUGGGGGGAAAUCUUUAUGGGAAAAUCAGAGCUACUUGUUACCAUAAGCCCUUACUAUCAACAAGAUAAUUAUUUGUAAUCACUUUUUGUAUCCCAGGUUGGAAUUGCUUUCCCCUUCUAAGUUAUCUUCCCUUAAUAAUAUUUAUGACAUCAGGACAAUGAGGGUAUAAGAGCAAAUGUAGUGAGGUAUUCAAAAAUCCUGCAUAUUUGGACUAAAACAUUAUUUAGUUAUUUGAAUUAUAUGUAGCUGUAUUAUUAGCAUGGGUUGUCAGAAAAUUGCCAAUUUUAAGAGUAAAGAGGAGAAAGAUAAGUAAUAAAAUAGAGGAGGUGAAGAAAAUGGCUCCCUUACUGGUCUUAGUAAUCUCCCAUAUAGUUAAUGAGCUAAAAAUGAACUUAUAAUUUAAGUUCCAGGUUUGGUACCACUAGCAUAGAAAUAUUGCCUUUCCUAUACAUUCCUCAUCAUUGUUUCCUCAGAAAAUUAUUUUAAGGGUUUGUGGAACCAGAUUAAAUAUCUAUAUUCAGUUUGGCCUAAGUUUUAAAAAUAAAUAUUUAUACUCCAGCUUUUGUGUAUUUGGUGUACAUCACCACUUAUGCAAAUCAAGGAUCAGAAAAGUGGAGGUUAGCUAUCUCCAUUAUUUCCUUUGCACAUUGGGUACAGUGGGUGGCAUUAGUAUGCACUAGCUGCAAAGUUUCAGCACCUUACAGAAGUAAAUAUGUUUAUUAUAAUAAAAAAGUUAAGCCGAAUCUCUGUAGAUUACUUACCUUGCAGAGUAUAAAGCUGUCAUAUCUUUUUCAGCAGAAUUUACUCUUCCAUUCUUAAUUUUCUUUUUGAAAUAUUUUAAAUAAUUGAACAUUCCUUUACAACCUCGUAAUGGUGUCAAACCUGGGGUAAAAGGGAUUUUUUUUUCCUCGAAAGGGCUCCAUCUUUGCUAUCUGUUGAUCACUCUUAGAAAAUCUAUUAUGAUCAAUAAAUUUUCACAGUUGGUGGCAUCCUGUGUCAGCUGGAGUAGUUGGUUGUGAAUAUUAAAACCUGGUACUGUUUUCCCUCAGUAACGUGUAAUUUUUGAUAAGAAGGUAUGGUUAGAAACAAAUGUGAAAGAUCACUUAAACCAAAGCCAGUUACAAGGAGUAAUCUCUCCUGUUGGUUUACCUUCACCUCAGAACUACAAGAAUAUUACAAUACAUAGCGAAGAGUUGUCUGUAACAUUUCUUCCAAUUGUUUCAGUAGCAUACUGGUCUUGGCAUUUCUUGGCACUAUGGUUCUGUAUUCUUUGUGAUGUCUCAUUGUGAGGUUUGGUUUUGUUGUUGUUGUUGUUUUUUUUUUUUUUUAAAAAAAAAAAAAAAAAAAAAAUAAGUGGGAUUAUUUAUGUAAAUGUGUGUCAGUACCAAAAAGUUAUUUUCUCAAGUCCCUAAAUUUCUGAUUUCCAUUUAAGUCUUCUAAACUCUUUUUCAUGCUGAAUAGCAAAGGACUUUUAUUUUUCACUUUCCUAUAUUCCUAAAAAGUAUGAACAAUGCAUUUCAGUUUACUGUAUUGCAUACUCUUUUGCUGAAGACUUUUUCUGUAAACACAAUUGCCUUGUUCAGUUUUGUUGUAAACUGACGCACCGUAAGAUGCACUGUUGAUAUGCUUCCUGAUGUGUGUUUGAUAAGAGUGAUAAAAUAAAAGCUUAAAAGUAAA